UGGAAACUUCACAACAAAAUAUAAUCCAGCCAUCUAGGGUUUUUAAUUUUUGCAGGCGUGCCUUUAUAGGACAGCCGAACUGAGUCGAAGCACCGGCAAGGCAGCAAUCCGCUCCCAACCUCAAGCCUCCUUUGCAGAAGAAGAAGAUCUGAAAAAUGCCAAAGCAAAUCCACGAAAUCAAGGAUUUCCUCUUAACGGCAAGGAGGAAGGAUGCUCGUUCUGUGAAGAUCAAGAGGAGUAAGGAUGUUGUUAAGUUCAAGGUUCGAUGCUCCAGGUACCUGUAUACACUAUGUGUAUUUGACACUGAAAAGGCUGACAAGUUGAAGCAAUCUCUGCCUCCAGGUUUGAGUGUGCAAGAUCUGUGAAGAAAAUUGCUAGAGUUACCAAGUUUUUUGAGGCGUAUCGAGUUGUCAAGAUAUUUUAUUUUAUGACCAUUUUUAUGAUGAUUAAAAGGUCAGGGUUUAGCAUUUAUUUUAUCUUGUGAGUGGAUAUCUUUAUACAAUUUAAUUUUGUGUUGGAUAUGUAGACUGGAAUUAUUUAUUUAACUGUGUUGUUCUGGUGCA